AUGAGCCACGAGGAUCAGGAAAACUACGGCGAUCAGCAUAUGGAAGCCGAUCAGAAAUACGAAAAUUUCCAUGAUGGUGCCGGCUAUUCAGAGCACGCCGAUGGCGACAAUGGCGGAUAUCGAGGUCGAGGAGCGCCUCCAGGAAUGAGGGGCGGUUUUCGAGGCAGAGGAAUGCCGCCAGGCUAUCCGCCCUCCGGAUUUCCGCCAUUUCGCGGUCGCGGCGCUCCGCCGGGUCUUCCAGGAGCAUACCCACCACCACGAGGUCGAGGAUUCCCACCGGCGGGAUUUCCGCCGCGCGGUCGCGGUUUCCCGCCAAUGCGCGGCGCAUUUGCAGGUAACUAUCGCGGCGCCGGUCAACUACCGCCAGGUUAUGGCGCUUACGGCAUGCAGCCGCAAGUCGCCGAUCCACUCGAGCAAGAGGGACGACUGAAGAGGUUGGCUGGCUGCGCGGAUGGCGAAGAAUUAUGGGUGGAAACCGAGACGGCAGAAGGCAAAAAGUAUUUCUAUCAUCCCGUCAACCGGAAUACCGUAUGGGAGAAGCCGGAAAAUGCGAGGAUUAUUAAUCAAACAGAGUUAGCCGAGCUUAUUAGUCGCUCGGCUGAGGAGGAAAGGAAAGAGCGUGAAGAAAAAUCGACCGCUGGAGCGAAUCCGGACGACGCUUGGAGUGAAUUCACCGCACCCGAUGGCAGAAAAUACUAUUACAAUUCGAUCACCCAGGAGAACACUUGGGAGAAGCCGAAAGCGCUGAUUGCCAAAGAGGAGGGCGAGAAGGAGCCGGCGAUGGAUCCGGCGCAGGCAGCGGCAAUCGCCGAAGCGCAGGCGAAAGCUCAAGCAGCUCUGGCGGCGUUUAUGGCUCAGAAGGCCAACAGCGCGAAUGGUGGCGGUAUGCCGUUGUCGAAAGCGCAGGCUUCUGGAGCGGCGGCAGCUGCUGCCGUCAACGCGGAAGCGGCGAAGAAGAAGGAUCUGUCGAGGCCGACGAGCAGCACGCCCGUCAGUGGAACUCCGUGGUGUGUCGUUUGGACUGGCGAUGGCAAAGUGUUCUUUUACAAUCCGUCGACGAAGACGUCGGUUUGGGAGCGGCCACCGGACACGUUUGGACGAGAGGACGUUGAUUUGCUCAUUUCAAAACCGCCCGAGACCAAAAAAGAAGAGACUCCCAAGGAGAAGGAUUCAUCUGAUGAUUCUGAUGAAAAUGAUGACGAUGGGCCACCGAAAGCGAAAAAGAGUCGCUCGGAGCGCAAAAAGGAGGCGUUGAUGGCGGCGCAGAAGGUUGAGAAGAAUACGAAGGAGAAGCCGCGGCAGAUGCUUCAGAAACCGGUGGAUCCGGCGAUACAGGCCGAACUUCAAGCAGCACAAGAGCGCGAGAAGAUUCCGUUGGAAGAGCGAUUGAAGCAGUUCAAAGAGAUGCUACAUGAGCGAGGCGUCUCGACGGGAACCACUUUUGAGAAGGAGCUAUCGAAAAUUGUGUUCGACAAACGCUACUUGCUUCUUAGUGCGACUGAACGAAGAGCGUCUUUUGAAGCCUACGUUCGCGAAAAAGUUGAAGCAGAACGAGCUGAACGAAAAAAGAAGGCGAAAGAAGCGAAGGAGAAGUUCCAGGAGCUUCUCAAAGAGGCCGAACUACACGGCAAAUCGUCGUUCUCGUCGUUUUCAUCGAAAUUCGGCAAAGAUUCGCGAUUCAAGGGCGUCGAGCGAAUGCGCGAUCGCGAGGACAUGUUCAAUGAUUUCGUUGGCGAGUUGUACAAAAAGGAGAAGGAGGAGAAGAAGGCGAAAAAGGAGAAGCUGAAAGCGGCAUUUGUGACAUUGCUCGAAGAGCAGACGGGUUUGACGAGAAAAUCGAAAUGGUCGCAUGUGAAGAAGACGCUCGAGAAUGACGAGCGCUAUAUUGCGUUGGAUAGUAGCUCGACGAGAGAGGCGCUGUUUAAGGAUUUCAUUGAGAAGCUGGCCGAUGAGACGGCGUCGGAUAUUGAGGAGGAGCAAGAGCGCGAGCGUCGUUUGGCGGCCGAGGCGGCCAUCGCGAAUCGUCAACGCGAAGUUGAAGCGGAACUCGGCGAUCAGUUGCGUGAGCGAAAUCGCGAGAGCGAGAAGCACCGAAUGGCGGAGCACGAGGAGAAAUUCAAAGCGUUGCUCAUUGAUUUGGUGAAAUCGGUUGAUAGCGAUUGGCAUGAGAGCAGACGAUUGCUGAGAAAAGACGAUCGAUAUGCCGAAUGCGAUUUGCUUGAUAAGCAGAAGAAGGAGGCGCUUUUUGAUGACCAUAUCAGGUCACUUGAGAGGAAGCGACGAGACGCGUUCUUCGUGAUGCUUGAUAAUCAUGCGAAGAUCACGCCGACGAUGCGCUGGAAGGAGGCGAAGCGGAUCAUUCAGGAUGAGGAGGAAGUGUUCUCGAAGGUGGCUAGUAACUCGGAGAGGAAGGUUGAGAGAGAUUUCCGCGAUUGGCAAGAGAAGAGGCAUGAUCAGUUGGUUGAUGAGUUUAAAGAGAUGCUCGUUGAGACGAAAAUCAUCACACAUAAGAGUAAGAAGCUGAUGGAGGAAAGCGAGCAGCAUUUGAAGGAUAUCUUGUCGGUUCUUGAGAAGGAUAAUCGAUGGAUCAGAAUGACGGAGAUGAGCGCGAAUGAGAGGGAUCGAUUACUCGAGGAAUAUGUUGACAAUUUGUACCGCAAAGGCACGCCGCCGCCGCCAACGCAGCAGGAGCGCGAGCGUCGAAAAUAA